AGUACCGUACAUGAUUUGACAAUCCACCGUGCAACUCCUGAGGACAUACUGCGUCGCCAUGAAAUAUACAAAUCAAAAAACAAAGCACUGGCACAUCUGGAACUGCAAGAGAAAGCACUGAAAAGAAAAUGGAAGAAGGAAAAACAACUGGCUGCUGAUUCCUUGGAGAAAAAGAAAUUGACUCUGAUGCGUGAGAUUCUGUCUGAUCAAUACCAUUUGCAAGAUGUAUUGGAACGAUCUAAUCAGGUUAUGGCUGUGGCAAAAGACUUGUUUCGGGAUGUUCCUCGCACGCGAACAGGUUUCCCUAAUGUAACAAUGGCUCCUAACUGUGACCUAGAAUCAUCUCAAGGACCCAUUGUACAAAAAUGUGAUCCUCCCACUCAGCUUUCCAUCCUUAAUGAAUCUGUCAUGGAUUCCCAGGCUCUUAAUGAAGUGGAAGAGGAAGCAUUAUCAAUCUAUCAAUCAGAAGAUGGACACCAUGACUCUCUGAAUUUCAAAUCCAGCAUCAAUUCUGACAGGCUACUUCGGUUAUUGAGAGAAGAAAAUUCCUUGGUGAAUUCUCAGUUGUGGGCUGAAAAGGAUAUGCGAAAAACUACCUUAUCACAGGAAUCAAAUGUGCCUUUGAGUCCAACAACUGUUUCUCCAUCAUUGGAUCAUUCAGCCCUCAAUGCUACCGAUGUAGUCAAGAGAAUCCAUUCAAGACUUCAGAAUGAAGAUGAAGAAGAGACUGUAGACUCCACUUAUACUGUGAGACAAGUGCUGAACCCGCACUCAAGGAAACAAAAGCAAAUUGCAGCAAAAAUGAAAAGAAAAACUGCACAGAACUCUGCAAGACAGAGGAGAGAUGAUUCUCCACCUAAUUCAAUCCCCAUCGACCUUCGGGGGGACAACAAAUCCAGCCUAGAUGUUCUCAACCGCAUGAUACGUGAAGUGGAGCAUGAAUUGGAGGAGUAUGAGCGAUGUACAGGUCGUGAGGUUCACAGAACUGAGAGAAGUGAAGGCCUCACCGGGUUUACCUUGUCACUGGUGAACGCUCUCUGUCGUUUGAUGCGCUACCUCAAAGAGAAUGAAAUGCAGCUGCGUGAGAAAGAGGUGAUGAGACAGCAGCAUGAGGAGAUGUUGAAUGAACACAGAGAACUGAUUGAUGCUCUGACUGCAGAAAUACUUCUAGUGAGGGAAGAAAACACUACUAUACAGAAGAAGCUUCAGCAAUACAUGACGGUAACAGAUGAACAGCUGAUCUCUCUCACACAAGCAUUUAAAGGCCUCCCUUUGACAGAAUGUAGAAGAGAACAAAGUCCAAACCAUUUUGGAAUUGCAAGCAAAGGUCCAGUGAAUGGCCAAGAAAAACCUGAUUUGAGCUAUUUUGAGCCUAGGGCUGAUGCAGGCAACACGGAAGGUAUGCUGAAAUUCCCACAGGAAGAACUUCCUUUCAAGUCUCUCCAGAGGUCAGGUGCUUCAGGUGGUGCGGGAGCUGGUAGAAGCUUGCCAUCUCACAUCUUCCAGCCAGCUGUGCUGUUGUCACCCCCCCGGCAGAAGAGCAGUCAGGAGUUGUCUCCCCUCCAGAAUGUGUUUACAGCCAUUUCUCAGUCUCUGGAAAACACUGAAAGAGAUCCGUGCAAGGAAAGGAGCUCACCUUCCUCCCUGAGAACACAGAGCACAACUGAGGAAAACUGUCUCCUCUCUCAAAGUCAACCAGUUCCUCCUGCAGACAAAGACUUGGAGAGUUCCCAUGAGAAAAUCAGUCUGUCCUGCCCAGGUGAUGCUAGAAAAAACAGCACAGCUGAAGAGUUAUUUCAAAAUGGUGACCUGCUGGGACAGAUAGCCAACCUCACACGGCAGAACUCUCUAAUUAAAGCUCAGCUGAGCAAAUUCAGAGGCUUCUGUGAAGACACAAGUGACUGCCUACAUCAGCCAGACCCAAUACGAAAUGCAAAUUCUAGUCCAGACUCCUCACAAGGACAGGCUCAUCUCAUGGUAUCGAAGAGCUUAGAGGAAAGAAUAGCAGAGCUGAAUCGUCAGAGUACAGAAGCACGUGAUAAACUGUUGCAGCUAAUAGACCAGCAGAAAUUAGCUGCUGCCGAUACGGUCCCUCCAAUGAUACCACCUGUUCUGCCACCAUCCCUAAAUUAUACUGAAAAUGCGAGGAGGACAAUUGAAGUGUCUAUUCCCAUGGCAGUUGCUAUGGACAGCUCCAAAGAAGACAGUGUUUCCCCUGCCAGUAUGACCAGUAUAAGAAGGUCUGCGGGAGACUCUAGUAAAACUUGUUCACCCCUAAGUGCCACGUCAGAAAAUGUGAAAUUAAAUCCUGUCAGCCAAAGGCCAAAGGUGGAAAAGCCAAAAGAGGAAGGCUGGUUUGCAUUGUCAAUGCAUGUUAUGUAA